GGGAAGUGAAAGUCCACACAGAAGGAAGCGGCUGCAUGACGGAAACCUGCUGCACCAACAGUCAAUACGGGGUCAGGCUGCAGGAUGACGAGGACACAGCAGUGGUGGUUGUUUACCUCAGUGGCUUUUAUUUCUGUGAUUUCUAGGACAGCAGCAGCUCCAAUGAAGGUGAUGUCUGCCCCCAACCUGCUGCGGCUGGGAAGACCACAAAACAUCUUCGUGGAGUGCCAGGACUGCCCCAGUGAGAACAACUUCACCGUCGGCAUCAGUGUGAUGAACUGGCCGACCAAAUCUCAAAGACUUGCACACGCCUCUGUGAACCUCAACACUGCAAACAGAUUUCAAGGCUUUGGGGAAGUUGAGAUUCCUGCUGACGACUUCAUUCGCAGUCCAAACUUAAAGCACUAUGUGUAUCUGCAAGCUCAGUUCCCCGAUGCAAAGCUGGAGAAAGUCGUCCUCUUGUCCCUGCAUGCCGGCUACAUCUUCAUCCAGACGGACAAAGCGCUCUACACGCCCAACAGCAAAGUUCAUUACAGGAUAUUUGCGAUGACGCCUGACAUGAAGCCUGUGGAGAGAGACAACAUGACCCAGAUGGACGCUUCUGUUGCCAUUGAGUUUGUGACCCCUGAAGGUGUCAUUCUACCGCUGGAUCCAGUCGCUCUGAGGUCAGGAAUUCAUUCUGGAGAUUUUCAACUUGCUGAAGUUGUCAGUGUUGGACUUUGGAGAAUCGUGGCGAGGUUUCAAAGCAUACCACAGAUGAGCUACUCUGCAGAGUUUGAAAUCAAAGAAUACGUGCUGCCCAGUUUCGACGUCAAACUGAUACGCCGAAGUUCGUUCUUCUUUUCGGACAGCAAAGAACUCCACGUAGACAUCAAGGCCACGUACAUGUUUGGUGAAGAUGUAGAAGGCUCUGCAUAUGGAGCUUUUGGAGUUGUCCAUCAAAAUCAAAAGAAGAGUUUCCCCAGCUCACUUCAGAGAGUGCCGAUCGAGAGAGGAGAAGGAGUGGUGACCCUGAAGAGAGAACACAUUACUCAGAGCUUUGAAAACUUCACCGAUCUUAUGGGCAGCUCCAUAUUUGUGGCGGUCAGCGUGCUGACGAGCGACGGUAGUGAGAUGGUGGAGGCAGAGCUGAGAGAUAUUUACAUUGUCAUAUCACCGUACAUCGUCCAGUUCUCCAAAACACCCAAAUAUUUCAAACCGGGAUUGUCUUUUGAUUUUGCGGUUGAGGUUCUGAAUCCCGACGGCACUUCAGCACAAGGAGUUCCUGUUGCGAUCGAUGAAGCUGAUGUUGAAGGCGUUACUUCUGCCAACGGCAUGGCGAGACUUUCAAUCAAUACGCUGGAAAACGCCGGACCGCUAAAGAUCACAGUAAGGACCAAAAAUCCUCGAAUUUCAGCUGAACGACAAGCGUCGGCAAGCAUGACUGCUCUGCCUUAUCGCUCAACAAGCAAAAACUACAUCCACAUUGGAGUGACAACAGCAGAAGUAAAACCAGGAGAUAACCUGAAAGUGAACAUCAACCUCAACAAACAGGACAAUCCAGAAAACGACGUGACAUAUUUGAUCCAGAGCAGAGGUCAAUUAAUAAAGCAUGGACGCUUUAGAGCGAAAGGUCAAGUGAUGAUAUCCAUGACCCUCACCGUUACCAAGGAGAUGCUGCCGUCAUUCCGCAUCCUGGCCUUCUACCAUCCCAAUGACAACGAGGUGGUGUCGGAUUCAGUCUGGGUGGACGUGAAGGACUCCUGCCUCGGCUCGCUGAAACUAGAGCCACUGAAACUUUCCGCCUCCUACGAACCUCGGAGAAAGUUUGACCUGAAAAUCACAGGAGAUCCUGAGGCCACAGUGGGGCUGGUGGCCGUGGACAAAGGCGUCAUCGCUCUUAACAAGAAAUACCGUCUGACGCAGAAAAAGGUGUGGGACACAGUUGAGAACCACGACGUCGGUUGCACACACGGCGGAGGAAAGGACAGUAUGAGUGUGUUCUACGAUGCUGGGCUGCUGUUUCAGUCCAACUUACAAUCCGAGACGCCGCCUAGACAGGAUCCGACGUGCUCAGCCCUCCGGAGGAGGAAACGGGACUCCGCCCUGGUGAACGCCACCACCGAAUUAUGUAAGAGCCGUCACAGAAAGCAAGAGCAAUCUGCAUCCACGUUUGACCUGAGUCGUCUUCUCAGACAGUUUUGGCUUUUUAGACUUAUUUCAUUGUAAAUACAUCUUGUGUUU